AUGAGAGUCAAUGAGAACACUGUGAUAUGCGGUGACAAGGUCGUCCUCGUCCCAUAUAGGAGAGAACACGUCGAGACCUAUCAUGAAUGGAUGAAAUCGCCAGAGCUGCUCGAGCUCACUGCCUCGGAGCCAUUAUCACUGGAGGAAGAGUACGAAAUGCAGCGUAAAUGGCACAUGGAUGAGGACAGCACGCCAUCCGUGAUCCAGCAAGGAUCAUCCUCUCCAAAAAUCAUACUGGAACCAUCUGAACUUCGGCAAUGCAGCAUGGUUGGGGACGUGAACUUGUUCUUGCCUGAUGGCUUGGGAGGAGAUGUCGAGUGUGAGAUCAUGAUUGCAACCAAGGAGGACAGGCGGAAAGGCUAUGCCAGAGAGGCUCUGACUCUGUUCCUAUCUUAUGCUAUUUCGACCUUGAAAAUACAGCCUCAUCAACUCAUCGCUCGGAUAGGGAUGGACAAUGAACCAUCGAUAAGGCUCUUUGAAUCAAUGGGGUUCGGGAUCGAGAAGAGGGUCGAGGUAUUCAGAGAAGUAGGGCUGAGAUGGGGUCACAAGCCGAGUCAAGAGGGGGAGGAGACUCAAUCAGAAGUCUCUGAUGAGAAGGCAGACUGGCUGGCGGAUCUGGAGGGUAUGAUAGGACCAUAUGAUGAAUAA